AUGAAAUAUGCCUCGCUUUUCAAAUUCGGAAUAAAUUUCGUGUCACCUGCUGCACCGCCGGAAGGAGUGCGACCGAUUUCGCCUCUCGCUCCGUCGGGCGCGCUCCUUUUGUUAGAGGCCCGGUGGCCAUUCCGCCGCGGCUUCGUGGACACGUCCGCCGAAUUCCUCUUUAGCUGCACUCAGGACUCAGGGGCGUCGAUAUUGGCGCUAAUCAGGCUCUUCCAAACUUACGGGUACACAGCACGUACCUCAGGAGCUCUCGGGAUCGAACCCGCGCCCGGCUCGGCGCCAAUCAACUGCGCACCGCGUGAGCAACGCACCACGUAUUCUAAUUUCGACUUCUACUUGCGCCGGGCCGAUUUAAGGACAGGGAAAGGGUCUCGCUUUGCUCGAAUUUCGACCUUCGGCUCCACCAUUACCUCUAUGUACGCACAAUUGCAGGCGUGCGCUAUGGCCCGCUGCCGAUUGGCCACUGCGCAGCCAAUCGCGGUCACGGGA